AUGGACAUAGAAGUCAUCAAGCUUCUUUUGCGUUGUUCUAAAGGAUCUAUUCAAUACAACAAUGGUGUGAAAGGUUUUAUCGAAUUUGCAUUUAAAGAUAAAUCAGCAGAUACCAAGAUUCAUUGUCCAUGUGAGACAUGUGUGAACACUACACUUCUAUCGAGGGAUGAGAUAUAUGAACAUUUAGUUUGCAAUGGGAUACUUGAGAAUUAUGAUGAAUGUGACUUUCAUGGUGAGCCUUCAGUCCAACACACUGCUGAUCAGCAACCAGAGUCUCAGAAUGACUCUGGAAGACAUGCCAACAUGCAUCAAUUGAUUAAUGAUACAUUUGGACAUUUUUAUGAUGACAUUCCUAUGAUAGAUGGCCCGGAUUGUGCAAAUCCACCUGUACAUGGAGCAAAUUCAGAAGCUCAAGAAUUCUAUAAACUGGUUAAAGAUUCAGAGAAACCUUUAUGGCAAGGAUGUGAGUUAUCAGAGCUAUCUUUACUCGUGCUUUUGUUUAAUAUAAAAUCCAUGAAUAAAUGGUCAGAUAAAUCAUUUGGUGAUCUGCUUGAUAUUCUGCACAUGGCAAUUCCAAAUGGAAAGCAAUUGCCCAAAAAUUUUUAUGAGGCUAAGAAAGUUAUUUCUAAAUUUGGCCUGGGCUAUGAAAAUAUUCAUGCAUGCCCAAACAAUUGUCAGCUGUUUUGGAAAGACAAAGCAAGUGAUGAUUUUUGCUCUACCUGUAAGGCUUCUAGGUGGAAAGAUAAGGAACCUGAAACUAAACUAACAAACAAGGAAAGAAGGAAAGCAACACCUAGAAAAGUAUUGCGAUACUUUUCGAUCAAAGAGAGGCUGAAAAGACUGUUUAUGUGUAAAGAAACAGCACCUCUCCUCCGAUGGCAUGAUAAAGAACGGAUCAAGGACAAUGCUCUACGACAUCCACCUGAUUCCAAACUAUGGAAGAGCUUUGAUGAAAGGUUCCCGCCCUUCGCAUCAGAUUCUCGUAAUAUUCGGUUUGGCUUGGCUACUGAUGGAUUUAAUCCAUAUGGGAUGUUGAGCUCUAAACACAGUUGUUGGCCAGUUGUUUUGACAAUAUAUAACUUACCUCCAUGGUUAUGCAUGAAAGAACAUUAUCUUUUGUUGUCUUUAAUAGUUCCUGGUCCUAAAAGUCCUGGAGAUAGAAUUCAUGUAUUCCUAGAACCACUUUUGGAUGAUUUAAGAGAUUUAUUUCUAAAUGGCAUUUCGACGUAUGAUGCAUCAAAAAAUGAAACUUUUAACUUGAAAGCAGCUGUGUUAAUGACAAUAAAUGACUUACCAGCCUUGGGAAUGCUAGCGUCCUAUAUGGUGCAUGGAGAAUAUGCAUGUCCACCUUGUGGUCAAAAUGCAUGGACCAAACGUCUGAAGCAUGGGCAGAAAUCUUGUUUUAUGGGUCAUCGUCGAUUUCUGCCCCUUGAUCAUGAAUUUCGUUUUGAUCGAGAUUCUUUUGAUGGAACCACAGAGCUUGGAAUGGAACCUAUAACCUAUUAUGAGCGCCCUGUUUUGGAUGAGAUCAAUGCUCUUGGUGAUUUUAAGGAGUCAAAAACGUAUAAGGCAGUAAGUAGUCUUUUCACAUUGCCUUAUUGGGAUUAUAAUCUUCUCCGACAUAAUCUUGAUGUGAUGCAUAUAGAGAAGAAUGUGUGUGAAAAUAUUUAUGGUACAUUAUUGGGAUUAGAUGGAAAGUCAAAAGAUAAUCUCAAAGCUCGUCAAGAUCUCAAGGAAAUGAAUAUCAGAGAAGACCUCCACCCACAACAAAAAGCGUCAGGAAAGUACUAUCUACCACCUGCAAGAUUUGCUUUGUCUAAAAGUGAGAAACAAACAUUCUGUAAAGUUCUUCGAGAUAUAAGAGUUCCUGAUGGCUAUUCAGGAAAUAUAUCAAGAUGUGUCAAUGUUGAGGAAGGAAAAAUUCAAGGUCCCAAAACUCAUGAUUGCCAUGUCCUAAUGCAACAACUCAUGACAAUUGCUUUGAGGGGCCUUCUUCCAGAUGAUAUAAUAGCAGUACUAUUUGAUUUAUCUGCAUAUUUUCAAGGAAUAUGUGCCAAAGUGCUUCAUCUUCAAGAGCUUGAUCGUUUGGAGCAAUUAAUUAAAAUUACACUGUGCAAAAUGGAGAUGAUAUUUCCUCCUGGGUUUUUCACAGUUAUGGUUCACUUAGUAGUCCACUUAGCAACAGAAUGUAAGAUAGCUGGACCAGUCCGCUAUCGAUGGAUGUACUUUAUUGAAAGGUAUUGA